AUGUCUAAAAAGCCGGCCGCGCACGGGUUUAAAAGUGACAGUGCGCCAGUGACGAGAAAAAGUGUUCGGGAAUUAAAUCUGGACUUGCCGAUUCACCACCUGUUUACGACGUUCAAUUGCGACGAAUUUUGUUUAGCUGCAGUUUUGCAGUCAUUCUUGAAGUGCAAAGGGGAUGUCUUAAUCGCCGAGCCUGUUUACAUUGAAUGGCGCUCAGCUAACAACAUGGCGUGGCUUCGCAUUACUUCUUGCUUUUUAGUGGCAUCACUACUUCUAAAUCCAACUUCUGCUGCUAUCUGCCCGAAAAGCUGCGUUUGCAGUACAACACGGGAUGGCUUACACAGAGUGGCGUGUAGCAAUCUGGCCGAACUCUACAAAUAUACUUUGCGCCACAAGCAUCACAAUAUCAACAUUUUAGACCUCUCGCACAAUAAUAUAACGAAGAUAACCCAUGAACUGGAUAGACUAACCGAAGUCGUAACUCUAGAUUUGUCCACCAAUCGCCUUAAUGACAUAAAUAAAUUCUUAUAUAACGCCCGUAAACUGGUUCACCUUAAUUUAGCUAACAAUAGAAUCAAACAAUUGUCAUUUGUACACUUUCCGAAGAGCGUGAGUUCCAUAGAUCUUACGAAUAAUUUAUUGGAGAAUGUGCCCUCAGAUGUUGCACACCUAAAUGCCUUAGAGCAUUUAGAACUCGAAGGAAAUCCACUGGAUUGCUCCUGUGAUAACUUAAUUACUCGGGACCAAUUACUUGUGUCUAACGUUUAUAUAGAUAAUGUUAAGUGUUGGACACCGAAUAAGCUUAAAGGCCGUUCAUGGCUAGAACUAAAAACAAAAGAUAUUUGCAAAGCGUCUAAACCAGAUUAUUUAGAUAUGAUGAUGGGUGACCAGCCACUUGAUGCGAUGCGUAUAGGCGAGGAAACAUCUGCUUUGAGAUCGAUGUCUUUAGUAGCAGACAACGACUUAGAAGAUGGGAGCAUCAUUCACGGCCAAGAAUUAGCCGAGGAUGAUGAUAGUGUACAAUUUAUGAAAGUAGGUCGCUUAUCAACUUCUUCUCCUAUAACGGAUAUAGAGGGAUCUGGCGAAGCUGAAAGCACUACUUUAAGUGAUGUCAAUGAACCGAUUCAUGAGCGUCAAAAGAUGGGUAGUCUUCUAGCUGCUGAAGAAAUACUGCCAGCAAAUAUUCCUACUACGGAAAAACCUUUAGACAGUUUAGUAGAAGGUUCCGGUGAAGGUUCUGGUGAUGGCUAUUUCGCUUUCGACUAUGAAGAACAGACAGAAAAGAUGCCAGAGACUACUACACCUAUAUUUGAAGAAUUGAAUCCAGAGCCCGUUCAUAAGAUAUUUGAUGACGAAGAAGACCUCAACGGUAGCACAUCUGAGUUUCCCAGCCCAAAACCUCCUUCUAUAUACGAAGGUGGUGCUGAUUGGCACAGCCGAAAUGCUGACACAGAAGUUGAAGUUGAUACGGAAAAGGCAGUAACACCACAGAUCACCAGAGACACAACUGUAUCUGAACAAAUUCGCAUUACACAGGCAUCUGAAGUUCUGGGUCAAAUACCAAGCACCGAAGAAGUAGUGACACCACAUAAAACGGGCACAUAUGUGUGCAUCGCUCUUAUAGUUAUUCUUUUAGUUGGAUUAAUUGGAUUUGCAAUAGCUAAGGGGCAAAUGAGAAAACGAAGAGAUAGGCGACUCUUAAGACAGCAAAAAAGAGACGUUGAAAAAGCGUCUAAAGAAAUGGUCGACAUGAAUAAAUCGCUACUGGGUAAGCCAGCCGCUGUAGAAGCUCCUAUAGAUAAAAAAACAAAUGGAAGAUAUGAGCUCGUACCAACACACGAAAACUCUUUAAAGAAAAGCGAAAAUGGAGAUGUAGCAAACGGAAAAAAACAGAAUGACGACAAACAUAUCCGAACUGAUAGCCCGCGUGACACGAAUCAAAAUAAGAGUAGCUCUAAAGAUAACAAUUUAGUUGAAGAUCCACAGCAAGAGACGUCAUUUGACUCGGAGCCGGCGUCGCCUGCAUCUGGCAACAGACAUUCACUGUCAAGCGAAGAUAUUUUUGUUCCUAUUGACGACGAUGCACCGAGGCUAAAUGGAAACGAUGUUUCAGAUGCCUUAAUUAACGGCGCUGCUGAUUCUGAAUACCUUACACCGUCUCGUGAAUAUGUCCCAGUAUACUCGCCUGAUAUGGGAAGAGUGCGUAUAAAAAUGUCCGAAACGCCCAAGCCUAAGACACCGGUGCUCGUUACGAGGAGUAGAUCCAAUGCUGGCGAUAUAAUAAUAACACCUUCUCUAGAUGGAAACGCACGUAAAUCGGCUACUUGA